AUGUCUGCCAGUGUGACUAACACUGAUACUCAUGAUAAAGGUCCUCGGAUUCUUGCAGUGGUAUGGACAUUAUCAGCCCUUACGACUAUUGUCGUCGCUGCACGUGUGUACAUCCGUCAAUGGUUGAUUCGCAAUGCCGGCAUUGAUGACUAUAUUAUUAUUCUGGCACUGUGCCUAACAUUAACGUCCGUGGGAAUGACAACGGCAAACGUACAUAUGGGAUACGGAAAACACGCCUGGUUCCUGGACCCAAGCACCGUGGAGACCAUAAGCUUGGUCAAUACCAUCAGCUUCGCAAUCGGCAUCUUUUGCUUCACCGUUCCCAAGGUCGCAGUAACGGUUCUCUUGACUCGGAUUCUCAACCCAAGCCGUGCACAGCGUAUAUGGCUAUGGACCAUGAUUGGACUGACGGCGUCGGUGUCAUUCGCCGCAUGGCAGCGCCGCCUCGUCACCGAGGGCAACGCAAACUGCAAUGAUGUGCAAAUUUUAAUCAAGUAUGCCAUCUUUAAUGCUGCGCUGUCGGCAAGUGUCGAUCUGUACUUGGCCAUAUAUCCCAGUACUGUCCUCAUGAAACUCCGCAUGCCCUUGCGGAAACGCCUAGCACUUUGUGCGGCUUUGGGUAUGGGGAUCAUUGCCGCGGCGACCGCUAUUGCAAAAAGUACGCAGUUUCCAGACUUUGCGAAUCAGGAUGACUAUACAUACGCAACCGCGGAUCUUGUCAUGUGGACAAACGUGGAAUCAAAUGUUCUCAUUCUAGCAUCCUGCAUCCCGACUCUCCAACCCAUCAUCGAGCUGACGCUUAGGGGACACAUGCGUACUCGAAGCCCCCGAGGGAAAGACGCCAACUAUCCACGCGAUUCCGCUUUCCAGAGAACCGGGCAUAAAACAAACCGGCGGUCGGAUCGGUCGAUUACACACGUUGAGAGCCAAGAGAGUAUCCUUGGUGCUGAAGAACGGCAGAAAAAUAGUCAUCCUCUCGGUGCUAUUGUGCGGACAGAUGAUGUUCAAGUGGAAUUCAACACUAGAUCUGCGCAUAGCGUGCCAGAGAGACAUAUGACGUGGCAGAUUGGGUAG